AUGGUUCCGCAUCUACAUUACAAUUUGAAUCGACAAUUUACCCUGAUCACAAUCAUGGAUGAAUAUAAUGAAAUCACCAAGAGUCCAACAUUGGUUGCUUUUGGAGGUUCACAUACCAUGGAUCAUACGAUUUAUUAUUUGGAUUUGGAACCAAAAUUAUCGGAUGAAAACUCUUCAUUGUACGAAUGGAAAGAACUGACAACAGUGACCAAGAAUAUCAAUGGAGAAUAUUUCCAGCUCAACAGGUUGGAUUAUUACAAUGCCAGUAUGAUUUAUUCUCGCAAAUUGCAACAAUUAAUUAUAUUCGAAGGAUCUACUAAUGGUAUUUAUUCUCUUUGUCUGAAAACAAAAACUUGGGCAAAAGCAUUGGAAUUAAAUUUUGUGGGAUGGCCCAUCUACCACGCACAUUUUUUAAAAUUAUGUGAUGAACACUCGAACCAUGCAUUGUUGGUUUCCAGAUUUACUGAUUAUUCCAACUUUAAUUUAAUGAUUGGAAUGAUUGACUUGGACGAUCUUUGUGCCACAAUUCACACUCCUCAAAAAUCUGUCACUUUUUUGAAACCACCCAAGGUCUGUAAGAGAAAUAGCGUAACUCCAAAUUAUGUCGUUCCCUUGCGGCAUAAACAGCAACUUGUUAUUUUUGAUACGAAUGAGAAAUCGGUAAUAACUACGUCGUUAUCAAAUCAAGAUGAGAAGACUCAGCGUUGUGAUUGCAUGACACCAAAUUGUAAUCGUUUGGUUGCGUGUGUACUCCCAACGGAUGGACUUUCUGUGGUGCCAUCACAGGAAGACGAAGAUUUACACGGUACACAACUUUUAGUGUCUUUUAUUAGAGAUAAGCAACAUUGUUUAUAUGAAUAUCAUUCAAAAAAAGAAACGUUCACACGGUUGAUACACAAUCCAUUACCUAUUCAAUUAGAACAUCACAUUUUCUUUCAACCAGUUCUUUGUACCUACAGAAAUAGAAGGAAAGAAAGAUGUGCAAUUUUCAUGCCUAACCUGGACAUUUUAUUCAAAAUCAAAUUGGAUUACGAAAAACCAGAAUGUGCAUUUCCUUACUUGAGAAAACAGUUAUUGACACUUUUUGGAGAAAAUUUUGAUAUCGCUUUACAUGCAAGCAUGAGGAAAGAUCUUAUUACAAUUGUUUGUCAAAAUCACUACUUACAUUAA